CAUCCACUCAACCACAAUGCCUGUAAAUGAACUUUGUUUUGUGUCUAUACCUUAUGCCACCUAUUUUUUUCUCAGCUAUAUCUAUCUCCACUAUAAUCAAGAUUCAUCAAAAAAAAAUCAAAGAUGUCAAAUGAUGAAACUCCAAUUCGUUUUGGCAUCAUAGGAUGUGCAGAAAUUGCAAGAAAAAUAUCAAGAGCUAUUAAUUUAUCCCCAAAUUCUACCCUUUAUGCCCUGGCAAGUCGUUCAAUUGAAAAAGCUCACAACUUUGCAAUCAAGAACAAUUUGUUUUCUGAUUCUUUGAAGAUUUAUGGAAAUUACAGUGAAAUUCUUGAUGACCCUUUUGUUGAUGCUGUGUAUAUGCCAUUACCCACUAGUUUUCACCUUCAUUGGGCAAUUUUAGCUGCUGGAAAAAAGAAACAUUUGUUGUUGGAAAAACCUACUGCUUUGAAUGUUGAAGAGUUGGAUAAGAUUCUUGAUGCUUGUGAGGAAAAUGGGGUUCAGUUUAUGGAUGCUAGUAUGUGGUAUCAUCAUCCAAGAACUGUGAAAAUGAAGGAGAUGAUUCUUGAUUCUAAGCUAUUUGGACAAGUCAAAGCUAUCCACAGCUCAUCAUCAUAUUCACCGGGCCAGGAAUUUCUUGAAAAUAACAUCAGAGUAAAACCAGACUUGGAUGCCCUCGGGGCACUGGGAGAUGCUGGCUGGUACUGCAUUGGAGCGAUAUUGUGGGCUAUGAACCAAACUCUUCCAACAACUGUGACUGCACUGCCUAAUGUUGCAAGAAACUCAGCUGGAGUUAUCUUGACAUGUGGUGCCUCCUUGUAUUGGGAAAAAGAGGAAACUGUUGCUACAUUUUACUGCUCUUUCGUUUCACACGAGACAAUGGACUUACGAGUUUAUGGAUCUAACGGGACAUGUUAUCUCUAUGACUUCAUUAUCCCAUUUGAAGAGGACUCUGCUUCGUUCAAUUUCACGUCUGGUGCUCAGUUUGUGGAUCUUCAUAUCGGAUGGAACAUGAAACCUCAGGUAGUUGAAGUAACUUCUCAGUUACCACAAGAGGCUUGUAUGAUUCAAGAAUUUGCUCGCCUGGUUAAGGCCAUUAAAGUUUCUAGAAGCAAACCUGAGAGCAAAUGGCCUCGUACUAGCAGAAUCACUCAGCUCGUGCUCGAUGCUGUGAACAAAUCUAUAGACAUCGGUUUCCAGCCAGUUCAUAUGUAAAUGCUUAUGCUCAUUUACGAUUCUUUAGCUGUUAACGUUUAAGAGAAAAAAAAGUAUCGAAAAAACAGCUUAUUAUAUACCAUGUGUACUGUAGGAGAGUUUUUAUAUGGAUCUUUGCCUUGAUCAAGAUGAUUUCUUGAGCUUGUAAAUCAUCAAAUGACUUCUUAGUCCUGUUUUUUUUUUUUGACUUAUUAGUCUUGACUGUCGGGUUAAAAUU